AUGGCAGUGUCGCAUUUCUCAAUGGAAGCUACGGAUUACAUGCAACUGUCUAAGACUGAGUUUCACAUGCUUUGCUCUACUUUGUCUCUAUUCGAGCCUGAGAACUUUUGUCGCGAGCGUGAUUUAGGUCAAGUUAUAGGACUAGUGCUUAGAUACUCCAUGGAUGAGCUUGAGAUGGAAUUAACGAUGGAAACUUUCCGCGCUGCACUUUUAAGGAUAAAUGUGAAGCGGUGA